CAAAUGGCGUAAUUAAGAUAACAGACAGUGACAAAUAUUGCACAUUCUGCGAACCAAUUUCGUAUCUCAGUAUUUUUCUUUAAAAAUCCUUAAUGUAUACGAAUAUUCUUCACACAAAUUUAAGCCCAAAUCAUACUAAACUGACCACGUCAUGUGAAUUCUUUUGUAAUCGAUAAAUUUUAAUUAAAUGUCGAGAAUGAAGAAACUAACGGGUUCAUUUCGCUACACACAAUGGGAUCCCUGCCUCAUUGUGUCCCAGAUUGUGGCUAUGCAGUCUGUGCUGUAUCUUACCCUGAGUCUGCUGAUUGCUAUCAUGCAGGAUCUGACUGGGUCGACCAGGACUUUAGAUCAUAUCUUCGAGUAUCAUGAGCUGCACGUCCGAGACAGUGAGGGCCGCUCAGUGAUCAUAGCGUUUGUAAUAAACGCCAUAUUUGGUGCGAUUGCACUGUGGCUCCUAGUCGGGAGGACUAAGCUGUGUCUAGAUUUCAGUUGUACAUACCACUUCAUCCACCUCUUCAUUUGCUGGUGCUACAACGGAGCCUUCCCCGUGACCUUCUCCUGGUGGACGCUGAACGUGGUCUGCGCAGCCAUCACCUGCGUCACCGGGGAGUUCCUGUGUCUCCGCACCGAGCUGCAGGCCAUACCGCUGAGCAUGGGGGCUAAGGUUGACUUAUGAGUCAUGUUGUGAAGUUAAAAAUAGGUUAAAUAGAUUUUGUACAUUAAAGAAUAUAGUGACCAACUCCACAAGUGGCCGCGCUGGGAAUCUAAACCUAAUCUUCAGCUUAUACACCGUGUUUUUUUUUCCGUUAAAUUCGACACGUCGUUAGGUUCAUUAUCAGGAAUCACCCUAUAUAUUACUUUUAGUUAAAUUCGCAAAAAAAAAUCAUAAUUUUCAUACA